AUGUCAAAAUUAUUAGUAUUCAACUUUAUCCAAACCAUCCCUUUGCAGCUUAGAAAUAACUUUAAAAGCAAAGUUAAAGCUAGACCCAUUAGUUACUCCCUGGGUACCCUCCACAAGCAUCACACAAAUUUUUCUACAGAGCUGGAAAAUACCAUAAAUUCUGAGAGCAAUUUUAAGAAUAUCAGUAACCUUAUAAAGUUUGUUCGACAACAUAGUAAGUGGUACCGAGAUAAUGACUGUAUUAAUCGACAUUAUUUUAACUACAUAUUACUGGAUCCUCGAGUAACAAAUAAUCUAAAAGAACGGGCCAGUCAACUUCACUUAAUGGAUGUUUGGUAUACCUUUCUAAGAGCAAUAUUUUAUGUAGGCAAAGGCAAGGCCACCCGCCCCUACGUUCAUUUAAAAAACGCCCAGAAACUGGUAGAUGAAACCAACAACAUCACAUUAGUAAAAGAUCCCAAAUUGGCGUUAAUUGUGUCCAUAUGGAAGGCAAAUCGUGGAGUCUUACUAAUACGCGCUUUUCAGGGAAUCUCGUCACAAGAUGCGCAAACUCGUGAGGCAUCUAUCAUUGAUGCUCUCGGCAUGAAUCACUUGACUAACCGACGAUUGGGUUUUUACUAUGGUCGAGCUCGAAGUUUAUCGGAUAAGGAGAGAAAAUAUCUGGGGAUAGCUUUACUUUACAAAUUGAUGAUGAAGUUUCUAGCAAAAGAAGAAAAAGAACUAUUUCCUUUAAAGAACACCAAGGCUGCAAUGGCAGCUUAAAUCAAUAUAAAAUAUACUUAUACUACUUAUUCU